GUCAUUCGCUUGCGACUGCUUCCGGGUACUUUCUGCAUCGUGUGGAGAUUGCGCAUUUACAACGUGCCCACCAGCAUCCAACAUUUCGAUAACAGCUACGGGGACCCUGUUGGAGAUCACCAUUGAUAAUCGUCCACCCGGUCGGUGCCAUACCAGAAACGAUCAGGCUUGUGCCGACGAUGUCACUCUCAGGGCCCAAUCAGAUAGGGGGGCCGCUACCACCCAAGUUGUCGCGCUACCGCAGCCUGCGAGGAAAGAGCCUGUCGACCACAGCGGGCGAGGUGAACAAGGUGUUGAACUCGACAGAGGGAAACUAUGGAAACGACGUAAACAAUGGAUACCGUGGGGCACGACAAAACCGAGAAUUGGCGGAUUCGGCACUGGCGCCUGCAACAUGCAACUCUAUUGCCAGGUCAAUGUCUCGGUACCGCAGACGAUCCAUGAGCGUUUCUGCGCCUAGCGAUGUCACCCCGAAGAUUACGGCUCCACCUCCAGACAACCAUCGAAUCCCCAUGACCAGACCCCAUGCAGAUGAUGCGCUACAAAAGGAGGGAGAACGCUCGCCUGUGCGUUCGCAUGCCUCUUCCACCCAGCAGUCUCAGAGACUGAGGCAUGCCGACAGAGCAACAACACGUCUCAAACGCAACAUGGCCGACCACUCUAGCCGACCCAGCACGGCGAGCGAUGACAGUCAACGGCGGACGAUUGCGAGUCGAGACGGCCGUGAGAGACUAACGAGGGACGAGGAUGCCGCUGCCAGACAUUCUGAGCAGACGGCGAGUGUGGCUGUCGAGCCGGACAGAAGACUGGCCGAGCAGAAGAAGAAGGACUUGGAAAGACUGCAGGUGCAGUUGGCCAACAGCCAGCACCCUGCCAUGAACAAGUCGCUCAAGUCGAAAAGCCCUGUUCUCGAGAAGUUCGUCAACCUGACCAGAGGCCGCAAGAGCAAAGAUGGGCUGUCGCCGAAACUCUCUCCGGCAUUGUCGCCCAACGGCUCGUUUGACUUCAACAACUUCAAUAAGAGUCGCGAGAACCUGCCCGAGGUCCCGAAGGUGCCUACGGGCAUUGAGGCUGGGGGGAAGGGCAUUGUACCCCAGACGGACGCCCCGGUAUCUGCCGUCAACUCCGGUGAUCGUCUUGUCUCCGUCUGCUGCAAGCACCACACUUUCAUACUGUCCGUGACACCGGAGACCACCCCUAUCGACAUCAUCUUCUCAGCUGCGAAGCAGAUGACAUACGACCUCGAGGUCAGCCCAGCCAGCUGCGUGGUUCAAGAAGCGUACAUCGCGCUGGGUCUAGAGCGCAGGCUCCGUCGCUUUGAGCGCAUUCGAGAUAUCAUGAAUUCCUGGGACCGCGACUCGCACAAUCACUUGAUUGUGUCGGUGUCCGAGUCUCCGAAUCAUGACCGUGACCUCGAAGUAGAGUCCGUCCCCAAGACCGAGGCGCCGCCGCAAGGCUGUCAAGUGUACUUGUAUCAUUCCAACCGUCCUGGAAAGUGGAGUAAGCGAUACGUCACCUUGUUAGACAACGGCCAAAUUAUCUGUUCGAAGAAGCAGAAUGCUACCUCAUUGGACAAGGAGACACAGAGCCUGUGCCACCUGUCUGACUACGACCUCUACUCUCCUACAGAAUCACAGAUGAGGCGACAUCUCAAGCCUCCCAAGAAACAUUGCUUCGCGGUCAAGAGCCAGAAUAAGCCAUCAAUGUUCAUGAACACGGAGAACUACGUGCAGUACUUCUGCACCGAGAAUGCCGAAGUCGCAGCUCAAUUCGCGGAGAAGGUUCAGGGGUGGCGUGGCUGGUAUUUGCUCGAUCGACGGCCAGUAAUUCAGCGGAUUGAGAUUCCAAAGACGGACGACAAGCCACCACAGCUCACGUCAGUGAAGCAUGCACCCAAGAAGUCUGUGAAUGUUGCUGUCAUCGACGGACACAGACUGAAGGUCUCGGUCGACGAGGCUCCGUACGCCAUCGGCGAGUUCGAGCCACUCCUCGACAUGAAGCGCUUCGACAAGCGCCUCUCUCAGUUUGGAAAAGACUUCCUCCCGCCGGUGCCGGAUGUCUCCACAAUGCCCAAAGAGAUUCAAGCUCAGCACGAGUCCAAAUCCCAAGCGACCAAACCGGAGUCUACCCUUAUUGACCAGAUCAAGUCGCCUGACGAUGAUGCAUUCACGGGUCACGGCUUACUGGGUGAAGAAUACAAGGAUCGGAAAGCGCAGCAGCUGGCAGCCGAGAAGUCGGCAACAAGCGGUAACCCCUUCUCCCGAGACGAGGAUCCUGCUUUCACGCGAGGCCCAUCUCUGCUGAAUAACCAGCGGGUGGAGCUAGAGCCGAAGAAAGUUGAGAUAUCCUGGUUCCCCUCCGCUGCGGAACAUUCUGCAAAGUACCGCAAUAUCGCCGAUUUGCGUCCCAGUACCUCAGCCGGUAUUGUCCGCCAGCCCGAACAGAGCCACAGACCCCCUUUCGGCCACCAGCCUCUGCAUGCGCACGCUAACUCAGCCUCCCCCUCGCACUCGGGCCAGAACCGUCGCCCACCCGGCGCGUCGUCGAACCCGGGCUCCCCCUCUCAGACUCGUCGCCCACCCGGCUCGUCGUCGAAUCGUCUGCGUCCCGACGCACACCCUCAGCCCCUCGCUUUGCAACGUCCCGGCUCAUCAGGAGGCCUCUCACAAACAGGCCGCCGCCAACCACCCACGCCUCUCGUGAGCCUGACUCCCGAAUUCAACGAGCCCCCUCAAUGGGCCCGCAAGAAGGGACACGGCGUCCAAGCACCCGAGGGCAUGCACCAUCUCGUGGACCUGAUCUCGGUUGGGACUCCAAAGGGAGGAUCCAGUCUCCUCGAGGUGCCCCCGCGGAGCCCCAUGAGGCGGGGGCCGAAUACAGCACCCUUGCCCGCGGCGCCUUCGCAGAGGAGUGCGGGCGGAUUGGCCAGGACAAGGAGUAAGAGCCAAGGGGCUCCGGUCGCAAGGAUGAUGAGCGAUGCACCGCCGCCGUUGCCGCCGAUGCCGAAGGCUGCGCCGGAUGCAAGGUCGGGUGAUAGGAGAAAGGCGGCUGCGCCGGAUGCGAGGGAGGGGGAUAGGAGAAAGGCGGCUGCGCCGGACGCGAGGGAGGAAAGGGGUAGGGAAGGGAGGGGUAGGGAAAGGCAGAGAGAGGCCAUGCCCCAGAUGAAUACUGUUCCGGGGAGGAAUGGGACUUUGAAGGUGGUAUGAGGGAUUCGUGUCUUGCUGUGAUUUUCGUUGCUUUGGUAUAGCAUCGCACCACACG